AUGCUGGCAGAGCUGUGGUUCCAGCGCGCGCCGGAUUCUUGGCGGAGGACAUCGACGAGGAGUCAGCCCUCGGCCUCGCUCUUUUGGCUUUGGUGGCGGGGUGAGGCUGCCCCGCCGGCCGACCUGCUCUUCGUGCCUUCGGGGCGGGCAGCGGGCUUGACUUGCCCGACCAAGGAGAGCGCGGGCUCCAGCGGCGGCGGAGGCCCGGCCCUGGCUUGCGCCCCCGGAGUGGGGCGGCCUGCUCCAAGGCGAGGGCAUGGAGUCAACGUGGGUCCCACGCCCUCCACCGGGGCGCGCCAACAGUUCUCGGGGCGGCAUCAGCGGCCCCGGGGCUGUGGCCCAAGGCAGGCCCGAGUCCCGCUGGGCCCAGCGAGGCGAGCUCCAAACGCGCAAGGCGCGGAGAAGGAGUUCGCGCUCUUUCUGAAAUUCUGGGGCAAGGGGUCGGUCAGGCCUGGGAGGUGGCCGAAUGAGGCGCAUGGCCUUGGCGGGCGGCAGAGGCCCAAGUCCUGGUCUCGGAAGGGAGCGGGCGGCCUGCGCCGCCGCCACUCACCCCACUGCCGCCGGGCCCCGGCCCCCUACCCAGCCCGGCAGAGAGUGGCAGCGGCACGGGAGUUAUACGAGGACUGA